CCUCACUUCACAACUGAAUUUCCUAUCAGGCACAAGCAUCAACGCUUCAUCCCCUAACGCCCCCGCGCCUCUAACCCCGCGUAUCAGCCAGAGGGCCAGUUUUUCAACUUCGCGACUUUUCGGUUCCGAUACUUUCCCCAAACCGCAAACAUGUCGCGUUUCUUCUACGGUAGCGGUAGCGACAGCGACAGCAGCUCCGACGAGGAGGAGGUCUACAGCGAUCGCGACGAGGUGGAGGACAAGUCGUCUGAGGAGGAAUCUAGCGAGGAAGAAGAUGACUCUGAGGAGGACUCCUCGUCCGAUGACGAGGAUGCUGGCAAGGGUGCCAGUCGUUUCAUGAAGGGUGUUUCGGAUAGUGAGGAUAGCGAGGAUGAAGAGAAGGUCACCGUUGUCAAGAGUGCAAAGGACAAGAGGCUGGAGGAACUCGAGAGCACCAUCAAGUUGAUCGAGAACGCCUCGAAGAUCGGUGACUGGGCAGUCAUCUCAGCAGAGUUCGACAAGUUGAACCGACAGAUUGUCAAGAUUACGCAGGCCGGUCCUACACCUAGAGUCUACGUCAAGGCCGUUGCAGACCUCGAGGAUUUGGUGACAGAGACCACUGGCAAGAUUAAGGCUGGAAAGAAGUUGAACGGUAGCAACUCCAAGGGUUUCAACGCCGUCAAGCAACGUAUCAAGAAGAACAACAAGGAAUAUGCUGCCCAGAUCGACAAGUACCGUGCAGCAAAGGAUGACUACAUGAACGCCGUGGAGGAAGAGCAGAAGAAGCCUGUUGCCGCCGCCCCUACCCCCCGUCCGGCCAAGGCCGAGCGGGUGCAGGCCCCUACUCCGGCUGCGGUCGCUGCUGCUGCUGCUGACGAUGAUGAUGGAUUCGCAACCGUUGGUCGUGGUGGCAAGACCCUGCAAUACACCCCAGAGAGCAUUCUUAAGCACCUCCGCGUUAUCGUCGAAUCUCGCGGAAAGAAGAACACCGACCGCCUUGAGCAGAUUCGUACCAUGGAGAAGCUCUUGGAGGUUGCCCAGAACCCCUACCAGCGCAUCCGUGUCUACUUGACCCUCAUCUCCACUCGUUUCGACCUUACCUCUUCGUCCACCGCCAACUACAUGAGCCCGGAGCAAUGGAAGCUUGCCGAGAAGGAGUUCUCUACUCUUCUGUCCGUUCUCGAGAACAACCGCUCCUACGUCGUUACUGAGGGUGCUGAAGAAUGGGAGGAUGAUGAGAGACAGCCUCAGGUUGCAGAGGGCGAGACCCUCUACAUUCCCGGCAGCAUCGUUUCGUACGUCGAGCGAUUGGACGACGAGCUCACCAGAUCCUUGCAACACAUCGACCCCCACACUGCCGAAUACAUUGAGCGUCUGAGUGAUGAGCAGCAGCUGUACAACAACCUUGUCCGUGCUCAAUUCUACGUCGAGGGUCUCAGCCCGGCCGACAAGAACGACCCCCGCCAGGACGGCAUUAACAGAGUCAUGAUGAGGAGAUUGGAGCACAUCUACUUCAAGCCCUCUCAAGUUGUUACCAUUCUGGAAGAGUCCUCUUCGAAGGCUCUUCCCGCUGAGCUCGAAUCUGCCGCCACUCCCCGUGGAACUACUGGAGACGUUACCAACCUCGUCCAAACCGUCUGCAACUACCUCUUCAAGUACAGCGACGGUAUCCUCAAGGCUCGUGCCAUGCUGUGCCAGAUCUACUUCCUUGCCCUGCACGACCAGUACUACCGCUCCCGUGACCUGAUGCUCAUGUCCCACCUGACGGAGAACAUCUCCAACUUUGAUGUCAGCACACAGAUUCUCUUCAACCGAACUUUGGUCCAGAUCGGUCUGUGUGCUUUCCGUGCCGGUCUCAUCUACGAGGCCCAGAACACCCUCUCCGAAGUCUGCGGCAGUGGACGUCAAAAGGAGUUGCUGGCUCAGGGUAUCAUCCUCCAGCGCUACUCCACUGUUUCGCCCGAGCAGGAGCGUCUUGAGCGUCAGCGCCAGCUGCCUUUCCACAUGCACAUCAACUUGGAGCUGCUUGAGUGCAUUUACCUCACAUCAAGCAUGUUCUUGGAGGUUCCUCUGAUGGCUCAGACUUCAUCUUCUCCUGAGAUGAAGCGCCGUGUCAUCUCCAAGACUUUCCGCCGCAUGUUGGACUACAACGAGAGACAGGUUUUCACCGGUCCCGCCGAGAACACCCGUGACGGUGUUAUCAUGAGCGCCAAGUUCCUUGCCGGUGGAGACUGGAAGAAGGCCGCAUCGAUGCUCAACUCCAUCAAGAUCUGGGACUUGAUGCCCCAGCCUGAGAAGAUCAAGGAGAUGCUGUCCGAGCAGAUCCAGGAGGAAGGCUUGAGAACCUACCUCUUCACCUACGCUCCCUUCUACGACAGCCUGUCUACCGCCACCCUCGCCAACAUGUUCGAGCUCCCCGAGAAGAAGAUUGCCGCCAUCAUCAGCCGUAUGAUCUCGCACGAAGAGCUCGCUGCUGCCCUCGACCAGGUCAAUGGAGCCAUCGUCUUCCGUAAGGGUGUUGAGCUGUCUCGUCUCCAGUCCCAGAUCGUCACCCUUGCAGACAAGUCGAUGAACCUCCUGGAGGCCAACGAGAAGACUCUCGAGCAGCGUACUCAAGGUAUGGCCAACGCCUUCCAGCGCGAUCAGGGCGCCGGCGCCCGUGGUGGCCGUGGGGGUGGCCGUGGAGGUGGUGCUCGCGGCGGCCCCAGACUGCCUGGUGGUCAACAAGGCCGUCGACCAGGUGGACAGCAAUUCGGCGGUGGUGCAUUGGGUGGAGCUAUCAAGGCUUAAAAAAAUGUUUUAAUGGCAUUUCGCUUUUUUCUUUUCUCUCAUGGUUUUAAUGCUCCUCUUGGAAAUCUCAACUGCGUAUGACCCCUUGUUCCAUUAUGGUCACUUGUUCAAAUUUUUUUUAUUUUCUUUUGUCUGGCGGGAAUACAAAAAGACCUCCGUCAUUUUCUUCAUUGUUGUCAUGUAUGCCGUAUCACAUUUGCAGAUGAAUCUCAUGUCUGAAAUGAAAUAAGAGAGAAGCAGAAAGAAGAAAAAGAGAAUGAAAAAAAAAAGUAUCUAUAUUCAAGGCGUUCAUGGCUUUAUAAUUGGAAGUAAGGUUUCUAGUUAGUCGGUAUAGAAUUAAGUCAUUUCAAAUUUUUCUCUC